AAAGUAUGCUCAGUGACAGCUGGAAGACAUCUGUAAAUAUUUGUGGAUUGAUUAAAACUCCUGGAGUUUGGGACCCUUUUGUGAAGAGUUAUGUAGGGAUGUUGGAAUUCUAUGGUGAUCAAGAUGAAGCCCGAAAGAUACUUACURAUUAUGCUUAUGAUGAAAAGUUCCCAUCAAAUCCGAAUGCCCAUAUAUAUUUAUACAGUUUUCUAAAGAAGGAAAAGGCACCAAGAGCGAAAUUGUUAAGUGUGCUUAAGAAUUUGUAUCAGAUUGUACCCUCGCAUAGACUGAUGUUAGAAUUCCAUAUGUUACUUAGAAAAUCAGAAAAAGAAGAACUCCGUAAAUUGGGGUUGAAAGUAUUGUUUGGAGUCCUGGAUUUUGCUGGAUGCACGAAGAACAUAACUGCAUGGAAAUAUUUGGCUAGAUAUCUGAGACAGCUCUUAAUGGAGAAUCGUCUUGCGUGGGUUCAAGAAGAAUGGAGUUCCAGGAAAAGCUGGUGGCCAACCUUUCACUUCAGCUACUUUUGGGCAAAAAGUGAUUGGAAGGAAGAUGCAGAUUUGACCUGUGAGAAAGCUUUUGUAGCUGGAAUACUAUUAGGAAAAGGUUGUAGAUAUUUUCGGUAUAUUUUAAAACAAGAUCAUCAAGUGUUAAAGAAGAAAAUUAAGCGGAUGAAGAAAUCAGUGAAAAAAUACAGUAUUGUAAAUCCAGGAGUCUGAUAUUAAAUUUUAGUUAUUUCACAGUUGUAGCCACACUAUAGUAGCAGUAGAUUUUUACCAAAUGUAUUUAUUUGAUAGUUUAAGAAAGUAUGACUAUUGAAAGYAUUUAUAUGACUAUAGAAAGUAUUUUUGUAUUUCCUUUUACUGUAAGUUAUAACUAGAAAAAUAAUGCCGCUGCCUUUGUUCCUUGUAAAUAUAU